AUGUGUUGUUCGGACGCUUCGGGUACACAGCCUCUCUCCUCAAGCAUCACCUGUUAUGCUUCCGCGCUCAGAAUGCCCUUCGGCCAUUGGUGGCUCCUCUUCCCGGCCCUCUGCGUGGGCUUCUUGGGUGGCGGCGUCUAUGUCGGCGCGUUCACACUGCUGGCGCAGGAGCAGCCCUCCGCCUACGUGGAGUUGGCGCUCUCGAGCGCAUCGGUGGCCGACACCUUCGGGAUGAUCCUCGCGAGUAGCCUUGGCUUCAUGGUGCAGGGCUGUAUCUUCGGUGUCAUGAAGGUCUUGGACACGGCGCCGGACUUCACCUGUGGCUUCGACUUUUGGGACACCGAGAACAGCACAGUGAGCGCACCCAGCUUCGCGAAGUAUUGCUUUCCGGGCGUCCAAGGUUGA